CUCCUCUUGGCCACCAUGGACAACGGCUCCUGCUGCUUCAUCGAGGGGGACCCCAUCUCGCAGGUGAUGCCCCCUCUGCUCAUCCUCGCCUUCGUGCUGGGUGCCCUGGGCAAUGGGCUGGCACUGUGUGGCUUCUGCUUCCACAUGAAGACCUGGAAGCCCAGCACCAUCUACCUCUUCAACUUGGCCGUGGCCGACUUCCUUCUCAUGGCCAGCCUGCCCUUCCGCACCGACUACUACCGACGGCGUCGACAUUGGGCCUUCCAGGACAUCCCGUGUCGCCUGGCACUCUUCAUGCUGGCCAUGAACCGGGCCGGCAGCAUCGUCUUCCUCACCGUGGUGGCCCUGGACCGCUACUUCAGGGUGGUGCAUCCACACCACAUGGUGAAUGCCAUCUCCAACCGGACGGCGGCCUUCGGGGUCUGUGCCCUGUGGGUGCUGGUCAUCUUGGGCACACUCUACUUGCUCACGGAGAGCCACCUGUGUGUGCAGGACCAGACGGUGGCCUGUGAGAGCUUCAUCAUGGAGUCAGCCAAUGGCUGGCACGACGUGAUGUUCCAGCUGGAGUUCUUCAUCCCUCUGAGCAUCAUCUUGUUCUGCACCUUCCGGAUCAUCUGGAGCCUGAAGCAGCGACAGCACCUGGCCCGGCAGGCCCGGACGCAGAAGGCCACCCGCUUCGUCAUCGUCGUGGCCGUGGUGUUUGUCACCUGCUACCUGCCCAGCGUGUCGGCCAGGCUGUACUUCCUGUGGACGGUGCCAGCCAGCGCCUGUGACCCCACGGUGCAUGCGGCCUUGCAUGUCACCCUCAGUUUUACCUACAUGAACAGCAUGCUAGACCCGUUGGUGUACUACUUCUCCAGCCCCUCGUUCCCCAAGUUCUAUGCCAAGCUCAAACUCUGUCACUUGAGACCGCAGCGUGCCAGACGGGUCCCAAGUCGAGCGGAGGAGAUGCCUGUCUUCGAGCUGCCUGCACGGGGCAAGUUUCUUUCGCAGACGAUCAGGUGUGUGGUGGGGUGCAGGGAUGGGUUGACAGGCAAGCAGAGAGGUACAAGAUAG